AUGGUAUCAUAUUUUCAAGGCACUGUUGCUGUGAGUGAAGGCCUUACUGCUGUGAAGCAAGACGUUACUGCUGUGAAGCAAGACGUUACUGCUGUGAAGCAAGACAUUACUGCUGUGAAGCAAGACGUUACUGCUGUGAAGCAAGACAUUACUGCUGUGAAGCAAGACGUUACUGCUGUGAAGCAAGACGUUACUGCUGUGAAGCAAGACAUUACUGCUGUGAAGCAAGACGUUACUGCUGUGAAGCAAGACAUUACUGCUGUGAAGCAACACCUUACUGCUGGGAGUGCAGACGUUACUGCUGUGAAGCAAGACGUUACUGCUGUGAAGCAAGACGUUACUGCUGUGAGUGCAGAUGUUACUGCUGUGAAGCAACACCUUACUGCUGUGAGUGCAGAUGUUACUGCUGUGAAGCAAGACGUUACUGCUGUGAAGCAAGACAUUACUGCUGUGAAGCAACACCUUACUGCUGUGAGUGCAGAUGUUACUGCUGUGAAGCAACACCUUACUGCUGAGAAGCAAGACGUUACUGCUGUGAAGCAAGACGUUACUGCUGUGAAGCAAGACGUUACUGCUGUGAAGCAAGACAUUACUGCUGUGAAGCAAGACGUUACUGCUGUGAAGCAAGACAUUACUGCUGUGAAGCAACACCUUACUGCUGUGAGUGCAGAUGUUACUGCUGUGAAGCAACACCUUACUGCUGAGAAGCAAGACGUUACUGCUGUGAAGCAAGACGUUACUGCUGUGAAGCAAGACGUUACUGCUGUGAAGAAAGACGUUACUGCUGUGAAGCAAGACCAUGCUGCCGUGACGGAAGACAUUACUGCUUUGAAGCAACACCAUACUGCUGUGCUUGAAGAAGUUGAUGCUGUGAAGGAAGUUCGCAUUGCCAUGGAAGGUAUGAUAGACUUUGGGGCUAGUGUGUUGGUAUUAGAUGCAAGAAGAUUUAUUUAAAGUUAUAUAUGUUAAACAUUAGAUCUGUAGAGCUUUACGACUAAACAUAAGUAAAAUACAGAGAAAAUGUAUAACAAAAACACAGUAAUAUAUCACAGCAUGCAAGUUAUAUCAAAUGAC